AUGGAGAAAGGCUGUAUUCAUCUUGCUGUUGUACUUCUGCUUCUUCAGCAAAUGAGUACUUGUUCGUCAAUCGUUAAUAUCACUACUGAUCAAACAGCACUUCUUGCCUUGCAAUCUCAAAUAUCUUUAUACAAUCCUCAUAGUGUUUUAGCAAGAGACUGGUCUACUUCCACCCCGCUUGGAAAUCUCUCGUUUCUCAUUUCUCUCGAUAUCAGAAACAAUAACUUCCAUGGGAGUUUGCCUGAGGAGUUAGCUCAUUUGAGGAGAUUGAAAAUGAUCAAUGCAAUGAACAACAACUUUACUGGUGCAAUCCCCUCAUUUUUCGGCCUGUUACCAAAUCUUCAUUCCUUGUACCUUUCGUUUAACCAAUUAUCUGGUAAUAUCCCUCCGUCUAUUUUUAAUAUAACAAAGCUAAAGAAUUUAAGACUUCGAGGGAAUUUUCUUACAGGAGAAAUUCCUCAAGAAAUCAGUAGCCUUUGUUGCCUGAAUUCAAUAGACCUGCAAGAUAAUAAGCUUACAAGCUCUAUACCACCAACUAUGUUUAACCAGUCAUCGCUUAGACAGAUUGGCCUGACAAAUAACAUUCUUUAUGGGAAACUACCGGGAAAUGUAUGCGACAAUCUUCCAAAUUUAGAGCAUCUUAGGCUUUCAAGAAAUCGAUUUGAUGGCUUGAUUCCUCCAAAUCUGCAGAACUGCUCUAAACUUCAAAUACUAUCAUUGUCUGUAAAUGAUUUCGCUGGAACCAUACCAGCAGAGAUCGGGAACCUAACUAUGCUGACAAGUCUGCAACUUGGGCUUACCUACUUGAAAGGUGAAAUACCAAGGGAGUUUGGAUAUCUUCAAAGACUCCAACUAUUUGGAUUGUAUCAAAACAGGUUGAGUGGUUCAAUUCCAGCAAGCCUUUUCAACAUUUCAACCCUCCAAAUCUUGAUAAUUGUGGAUUGUCAGCUAUCGGGGAGUCUACCGUCAAAUGUAGGGCAAGGGACACCAAAUCUCAAGGAAAUUUAUUUGGGAAUAAAUAAUCUCACUGGAGUCUUCCCUGCUUCUAUUUCCAAUGCUUCAAGACUCACUGUUCUAGACCUUUCUAACAAUAUCCUAUCAGGUUCCAUUCCUGAUUCCCUUGGUAAUUUGGAAUUCCUUGAAGUUCUACAGAUAGGCCAUAACAAGUUGAUCUAUCAGAAUCCCACUUCACAAUUAACUUUCCUGACUUCACUGACAAGAUGUCGAAAUCUAAGAGAACUGGUCAUUGCACCAAAUCCCUUAAACGGCAUUCUUCCAGUUUCUAUUGGUAAUUUCUCGAGCUCUCUCCAAAUAUUUUCUGCACCAAGGUGCAAACUCAGAGGCAUUAUCCCAGAAGAAAUUGGAAACCUAACAAAUGUGUCAUCGAUAUCACUAUUUGCCAAUGACUUGACAGGAUUCAUCCCAAAAACUGUUAAAGGUUUGCAGAAGUUUCAAAGGAUUCUUAUACAAAGUAACAUGAUAAGCGGGACCAUACCGGAUGAAAUUUGUCAUUUACAAAAUAUAGGAGACAUGAGUUUAAGGGAAAACAAAAUUUCAGGUCCGUUGCCAUCGUGUUUGGGGAAUCUUACUAGUUUGAGGAAUCUUUAUAUAUCUUCCAACAGAUUGAACUCGAGUUUACCUGAGAGCCUGUGGAGCCUUCAAGAUCUAUUGGUACUUCUUGCUACAUCAAAUUCAUUUUCUGGUGUUCUAUCCCCUCAAAUUGGAAAUCUGAAGGCUAUCAGUUACAUUGAUUUGUCAUACAAUAACUUUUCAGGCAUGAUCCCUAGCAGUAUGGGAAGUCUACAGAAAAUGAUCGAACUUCCUCUAUCACACAACAGACUAGAUGGCCCCAUUCCAGAGUCUUUUGGGAAGUUGUUGAGCUUGGAAUUCUUGGAUUUGAGUUAUAACAACUUGUCUGGAGAAAUACCAAAGUCCUCAGAAGCUCUUAUGUACCUCAAAUACCUUAAUGUUUCCUUCAAUGAACUCAGUGGAGAAAUUCCAACUGGUGGACCUUUUGCAAACUUCACCAAUCAGUCAUUUCUGUCUAAUAAUGCAUUAUGUGGUGCAUCAAGGCUCCAAGUGCCUCCUUGCCAAGGCAAAUCUCAUCGGAGGACGAGGAGAAAAAGAGUGCUUUACUUGUUUCUGUAUAGCCUUUUGGGAAUAACAUCUGUAAUUGUUGCAUCAGCUGUUGGAUUUCUGAUUUUAAGAAGAAGAAAAAGAAAUGAACCAUUGGGAUCAACUGAAGUAUCAUCCAUGAGGGCCCAUGAAAGAGUUUCCCAUUAUGAACUUCGACAAGCAACAAAUGGAUUCAGAGAGGACAAUUUGCUUGGUAGUGGGAGUUUUAGCAAGGUGUACAAAGGGGUAAAGGAUGGGACGAUAUUCGCAGUAAAGAAUGUGAGAUCUUACGCAACCUUCGCCAUCAGAACCUGA